UUGGCCCAUCAGUGAUGUUGUCAGUCAUGUUUGUGAAGCUCAGAGUGUUGGCUCUCAUAUUCUUCGUGACAAAGGAUGUUUACCCCACCUACGCUGAAACAAAACUGGCUGCACCCCAAAACGUGAAGGUGACCUCCAUCAAUAUGGCUACAGUUGUCGAAUGGACUUCGCCACACAAUCCCAUGAGUAACGUGACAUACACAGCAAGAUAUAUCCUGAGAAAAACAAAUGCUUCCAUCUGUGUGAACACCAAACAGCUGAAAUGUGAUGUAGGAAAGCUGCCAUCUGUAUUUGGGUGCUACAUUUUUCAAGUGCGGGCAGAGGAUCAGGGGCUGUUCUCUGAGUGGGUUAAUGCAAAUGAAUUUUUACCAAAUAAGCACACGAUCAUAGGACCCCCUACUGUGCAUCUUGUCAUCCAAAAUAAUACCUUGGAUGUGCACGUCCAAGCUCCAGUGCUGAAAGUGGGCAAACUAGCAGUCCUUUUUUCACAAGUGUCCUACAUCAUCAGAUAUUGGACCGAAGGCUUUGAAGAGGAGGCAACAGAGAAGAAGGUUACUGGAGCCAGUGAAGAUGUUAAACUGAGUAUUAAAGGACUGCAAUCCUGGAGCAGAUAUUGUGCUCAGGCAAUGGUGGUUCCCAAAGGCUACACAAAUGGCAAACAGUUCAGUGCUGCCGUGUGUGUGACCAACACACCUGUGCUCAUCAGCUGUGUGAUUGCUGCUGCCAUCCUUCUUCCUCUGGCAAUCCUGGCUGCCUGGCUGAUCUAUAAAGUGUACAGAUUCCUGUACCCUAAAACCAAACUACCAGAACUUCUCAAGAAUUUAUUUGUACCAACAUUUUGGAAUGCUGAGGCGACCCAACAUUCUGCACACCAGAAAGAACAGCAUGAUAAGAUCAGUGCCAUAUCUGAGGACCAUCUAUAUGAAGAGCUCAGCGAGAAAGCCAAGAUCUCAGAGGACAAGGACUCUGGGUUGACAUCUGUUCUCGCCCCAAUUCAAGAGGUGGAAGAGGACUACAAACUCCUGAUGCACAUGAAACCUGCACCUGCUUUUUACCCUAACCAUCUCUAUCCGUUAUGCUUAAAAAACUCGCUCUUCACUCAUUUAAACCAACCCUGCUUCACUAGCACCCAGCCUUGUUACUACAACAUAGCAGGCACAAGCCCUGAGCUGAACCACACUGACUGUGUUUGCUGAAGUCCCCAACAAGCUGAGAUUAUCUUAUUUUCUGAAGUAAAUAUACAAAAUAAUUGUAUAUGACUAUGCAGUGGUGCAAUGCAUGGCUGUCUGUUGAAUGUAUAUAAUUUCUCACAUUGUUUUC